GUCUUUCCUAAUUUUGUUUUUUCUAUUCGCCCGCUUCGAGAACCCUAUUAACCAUCCUCGACGACGACGGCGGCGACGAUGAUCCUCAGGCGCAAGACCAGGGGGCGUGGCGACACCUGCACCUCCGCCGGCAAGGUGACCGCCAGCCUGCUCCUGUCAUUUCUUAUGCUCGCACCAGCGGCAUCCGCCCACGCUCCAGCAGGCAACUCCAGAUCGAGCGAACAGGCCGACCUUCCCUUCAAGCCCGACUUCUUUAACCCGUCGCCAGAACCUCCCGCCCCAGCUGACCAUGUCUUUUCCCUCCGACAUGUCUUCCACCACGGCACGCACAGAUACCCGAACCUGCACAGGCGCCAGGACGUGGUCCACAUACAGGAGCAGGAGAUAUGGCUGGCUGCCGAGGAUGAGCACGUUGCCGAGAGACUUCCCCCCCUAAGGGCAAGGAGCGAUGCGACGAGGAUUCAGCGGCUAGUGGACCGCCGGCCGAGCGUGGUCGACCCGAUGGUGGCGCUGUCGCGGGAGCGAGGCUAUGUCUCGGUCCUGUCCGAGGACGCGUGGACGCUGGACGACAUCCCUGGGCCUGACAUUACGGACAGAGACACCGUCGUCAGCCUGGCCUAUAUGUCGGCCAACGCCUACGUGGAGAAGGAUGCCGACGGCGAGUGGCUCGAGGUCGGCGACCCUUUCAACCGGUCUGCCGACUUUGGCUGGGAAAGCGACGGCCUCCGCGGCCACGUCUUCGCCGAUGCCGACAACUCCACCAUCGUCAUCGGGCUCAAGGGCACGUCCAUGGCUGUCUUCGACGGCGAGGGCACCACCACCAACGACAAGGAGAACGACAACCUCUUUUUCAGCUGCUGCUGCGCCCAGCAGGGCCCCUGGCUCUGGCACCAGGUCUGCAGCUGCGCCACCGGCACUUACUCAUGCAACAACACAUGCGUCGUCCAGGCCCUGCGCCAGGAGAACAGGUACUACAUGGCCGCCCGCGAACUGUACUCCAACGUCACCGAGCUGUACCCGGACUCCAACGUCUGGAUCACCGGUCACUCCCUUGGCGGCGCCGUGAGCAGCAUGCUCGGCUUGACCUACGGCCACCCCGUUGUCACCUUCGAGGCCGUCCCCGAGGCCCUGCCCGUCGCCCGCCUCGGCCUCCCUGUCCCUCCAGGCUCCGACCCCAAUGUCCCCCAGACCCGCGAGAACACGGGCGCCUACCACUUCGGCCACACUGCCGACCCGGUCUACAUCGGCACCUGCAACGGCGCCACUGCCUCGUGCUCCUACGCCGGCUACGCCAUGGAGUCCGCCUGCCACACCGGCCGCGAGUGCGUCUACGAUGUCGUCGCCGACAAGGGCUGGCGCGUUGGGAUCGGCACGCAUAAGAUUCGGUCCGUUAUCAACGACGUCAUCCUCAAGUACGACCUGGUCGCCGAGUGUAGGUUCACCCCCGAAUGCCGCGACUGCGCCAACUGGAAGAUGUACGAGAGCAACGGCACCGAGUCUACCACCACCGCCAGCUCGUCCACCUCCACCAAGACCCGCACGAGAACCGAGACCUGCAAGACCCCUGGCUGGUGGGGCUGCCUGGAUGAGACAGCCACGGGAACGGCUACGGCGACCAGCACCACCUCGACGAGCACAAGCACGAGCACGUCAACCUGUAAAACCCCGGGCUGGUUCGGAUGCAACGACAAGACCACGACAACAGCCACCACAUCAUCGUCCGACUCCUCGCCCACCAGUGCCCUGCCUACGACCAGUACGACUUGCGAGACGCCAGGGCGUUUCUGGGGCUGCUACGAUAAGACCACCACGAGCGGCAGCGCAACGUCGUCCGCACUCACCUCGGAGCCAAGCAUCACUGCGCCGCCUGCGCCGACUGCCGACGGGCACGUCCACGCCCACGUCCGGGUCUGUACAACCGACGCAGUCUCACUGCACGAGCAGGAAUUGGUUUGGUUUCUGUAG